UUUUGAUUUUUUUUUAUCAACAUAAGGAUUUCUAGCCUACCUGGCUAUCCUUUCAGUUGUUUCCUUUGGUUCCUUUUAGUACAUAGCUAUAAAUAUAUAAAAACAGAAUAGCCAUUCCAGGUUAUUCUAUUUAUUGAAAUGUCUUUGCAAGAGUGUCUUCAAAAGCUAGCCUCAAAACAAGAUUGUCGUCUUCAUUAUGUUCUUACAGCUAUAAAUAUCGCUAAUAAUGCUGGAAAUAUAAUUAAAGACUGUUAUCAUCAAGUAAAAACUGUGUCUACAAAAGAUUGUGCAACAGAUUUAGUCACUGAUACUGACAAGUUGGUUGAAAAGUUGAUUUUUAGUUCAUUGAAAACAGAGUUUCCAUCACACAAAUUUAUUGGAGAAGAAUCUGUUAGCAAUGGUGAAUCUUCUGAAUUGUCAUUAGAACCUACUUGGAUUGUUGAUCCUAUAGAUGGUACAACUAAUUUUGUUCACAGAAAUCCAUAUGUUGCUGUUUCUAUUGGUCUAGUAAUAAACAAAAAGAGUGAAGUUGGCGUAGUUUAUGCACCAAUUCUUAAUGACCUUUAUGUGGCAGUGAAAAAUGAAGGUGCUUACCUAAAUGGACAAAGACUAAAAAUAUUAAAUCCUCCUAGUUGUUUGUCAAACGCAUUAAUUGCAUUUGAAUGGGGAGCAGAUAGAGAUAGUAAUGUUUUGGCUUUAAAAAGCAGAAAUUUAUUGGAUAUCAUGCAAAAACAUCAGGUUCGAGGUAUGCGAAGCACUGGCUCAGCCGCGUUAAAUAUGUGUAUGAUUGCGUGCAGUUCAUUAGACUUAUAUUUUGAGUGGGGUCCUCAUUGCUGGGAUAUGGCAGCUAGUAAUUUGAUGGUAGAAGAGGCGGGAGGUUUCAAUACUACAACGUUAGGUUGCGAUUUUGAUCUCAUGGGUCGUACAAUAAUCUCAGCUGCAUGUAAAAACAUCAUUGAGGAAAUUGUACCUACUUUAACUCAAAUUCCUACGCGUCGUGAUGAUGAGUAAUCUCCACUAAUAUGUUCCCGUGUUUUUUGUUAAAUGCUUAUUUAUAUAUCAUA